CUAAUAUGUCUUUCAGGGCUAGUUUGAAGGUACCAAAGUAUGGUCUGUUCUAUUUCCCAAUAGACCAGACUACUAGUAUUAUUCCUAUUAAAAAUAUCCAAAAAGUUGUCCAAGGAGACAAUGUAAGUAAGGGCAGCAAAGUAAUGGUUAAGUUCGAGAGGCAAGUUUAUCAAGCUGAAAUAAUCGGUGUCAACGAUGAUUUUUCCGAAUUGCGCGAAACGGAAUCUAAGUUUCUCGAGGACCCCGGAAAUUCUGAGCUGUUCAAAAAGCAAGAGGAGGCGACAUCAGCCAUUACGAGUGAAGAGCCGACCGAGAUAGCUGAUAAAACGAUCGAGAAAGCUGCGUCCAAAAAGCGGAAACAGUCAGUCGCGGAUGAGAAGGCGAAAGUGAAAAAGGAAAAGGGAAGUGAACCGGAACAGGCCACCAUCCCCAGAACACCAUCCCCAGCACCUUUGUCAUACACACCAAUGCUGCCAUCAGUUCUGUCGCCUCUACCACCGACACGUAAACUUAGGCCGUCCCACUCCGUGCCACCAAACCUUUCCAUGCAGAGCCAGACUGACAGCCAUUCAGAAAUAAUCACAUGGCUUCGGCAUAUUUCUGCGCAACAAGAAGCAAUGAAAGAGGGAUUGAAUACGCUAAUUGGAGUGCUCGCUGGUAAAACCGAAUCAGCCACCCCCCCUGCUGAAAACUUUGAGGCCAAAGUUCAACAAGAAGUUCCACCAUUCAUUCCAUCUGUAAAUGAGUGGAUGAACACAAUGUUAUCUGAGGAAGAAACUCGUGAGGAUCCAUACCUGUAUGGUUUUUAAGUGGUACUGGAUGAUGAUUUAUAUUGGUUAUGUGCCUCAUAAUUUUUCCUUAGGGUAAAUUUUAUAAUAGUAGAGGCGUGUCAAUGUGCAAUGUUAAAUUUUGAAAGUUUCCAUUUGUGCAAUGUUUUUUCCAUUACGUAAUAAAGAUGGAAUCAAAAAGUUGCUUUCAUUUGA